AUGAUAUACGAUGAUCUCACGCUUCCGCCCACCUCUGAUGGGCCUUACAUUCGACUCCUGACCCUCUUCCCGGACUUUCCAUUCCGAUGCGAGCUCAUGACUUAUCCAUUGCACGCGACGCCGACCUACGAGGCAUUAUCCUAUGUCUGGGGGGGUCCUCGCAAGCCGCAUGUCAUCACUUGCAAUGGCUCUGAUGUGCGGAUCACACAUAACCUGGCCCUUGCACUGACAUGUCUCCAACACUCCAAGUCGCCUCGAGUUCUGUGGGUGGACGCACUGUGCAUCAACCAGGAGAGCACAUCCGAGAGAUCCGCACAGGUUUCCAUCAUGCGCGAGAUAUAUGCGCGCGCAGAGCAAGUCAUCAUCUUCCCGGGGCCGCUCGUCGAGUACGCAGGCUUGCUCUCAUCAGCCUUGAACAAGGUCAUCGCGCGAUAUUUCGAGGAGGAGAGUGAUGGCGGCUCCGCGGAUCCAGACGCCAGCGCAAAGUUUGAGUUCUCGGAGUUGAAUGCGCUGGCAGUACUGGUGGCUCAGCCCUGGUGGAACCGCGUCUGGGUCGUCCAAGAACUUGCUGUGGCGAAGAAAGCCGUGGUGUGGCUGGGGAAUGGGUAUGCCGACUGGUUCCUGGUGGCACAGGUCCUCGGUUCACUCUCUGAUACUUCACUUGUUCCCUCUUCGCUCUCCACCUUUGGUUUUCUUCUCAUGGCACACAAGCACAUGCUUAACUUCAAAUCUAUGCGGGCCCUCACGGUAUGGCUAGAAGAAUCCACCCGUAUUCGGGAAGGCGGCACGGCAGAGACGUCAGGAUGUGACGACAACAGCGUCGUCUCCCUGCUGGAACUAUUGACAGCUUUCCGCGGGUUCGAGGCCACGGACGCGCGUGACAAGAUUUUCGCUCUGCUAGGCCUAGCCGCAAUCCUGGAUCUGGGCAUUGACAUCAAAGCUGACUAUGACAAGACGGUAGAAGAGUGCUAUACCGAUACGGCCUUGGCCAUUUUAGAUCGAGAUAGAAGCUUGGCCAUUUUUGAUGGUGCCGCGAGCUUCUUCAACACAAUGGAAACUCUCCCUUCAUGGGUGCCGAGCUGGACACAUAGCGACCCAGAAGCGCAGUUGAAAGCCCUUGGUGACUUCACCCCAAUAACCAUGGGUGCGCGGAAGCGACUGCCCUUCUCAGCUUGUCCGAUCCACAGGCUUCAAUCACCAGUAAAAUUGCGUCAAAAUAGACUGGUCCUCCGUGGUGUCUUCGUCGAUCAAGUCAAAGAGCUAGCCGACGCAUUACCAAUCUUGGGGCCGCCGUGGGAAAACAUGGGAGCUGAGGACGUAGGCUUUUUCCCUUUCUGCAUGGCCUUUCUGUCAUCGCAUUUACAACUUUUCUAUGGCGUGGGCAUCCUGAUGGACGUGUUGUGUCAGUGGCGACGGUUGAUCCGCCAGGCAAACCGAAAUCGGGAUUUCGACUGGGUAUUCGCCUGGAUCAUGUAUGGCGGGGGUUGCUCUGAGACCGCUGACGCUGAGGCGUACAGCGAGUUCAAAGCGCAAUGGUGGGUGUUCUUCCUCUUCUCCACAGUCAUGGACACGACCAGAAUAUAUCGCCUCAGGUGGAUUGGUGGCCCCAUCUAUUAUUGCUUUCUUGCAUUCCUAUACUACGCAUUAGCGGUACGAUGGCCCAUACGGGUGGAACCUGAAGGCUAUCGUCUUGGACGGACCGAGACUGGACUGAUUGGACUAUUUCCUGUGGCUACAGCAGUAGGCGAUGACAUUGCGCUACUAGUGGCGGGAAGAAGGCCGUAUGUUAUACGGAAGAAGGGCCAGCAUUGGCAGUUCAUUGGGCAUGGCAUUGUCCACGGGAUGAUGCGCGGAGAGAUGUGGGACAGCAAGCGAUGCCAGGAGAUGGAAUUAACAUGA